AUGGAGGGAAAGGAAAAGGGCGAGACCACUAUUGGUGCAACUCCCGAAGUGGACUCCGGCUCCGGCCAGAGCACCUCUAUCCCCGGAGAUGGUGAGGGGAUCAGGCGCGACUUGGAGUCUCGGCAUAUUAACAUGAUUGCAAUUGCGGGAAUGAUUGGAACGGGCUUGUUCUUGAGCUCUGGUACAACCAUAGCCACUGCAGGCCCCGCCGGAGCACUUUUGGCCUACAUCGUUAUGGGGCUCGUCACCGCCGGCGUCUCGUAUACGACGGGGGAGAUCACGUCCUUCAUGCCGUCGACUGGUGGUUUCAUUCGACAUGCGACCAAGUUUGUUGAGCCUGCACUCGGUGCAGCCACUGGUUGGAACUUUUGGUACACCAUGUCGAUCUCUGUUCCUGCUGAAAUCAGCGCCGCUGCAACUUUGAUUCAGUUCUGGAAUACCUCCGUAAACCCAGGAGUUUGGAUCACAAUCUUUCUGGUCUUUAUCAUCACAGUCAACUUCUGCGGCGUCCGGCUAUACGGUGAAACCGAAGUUGUGUUCGCUUCUCUAAAGAUCAUGACAAUCAUCGGCCUCAUCAUCGGCGGCCUAGUCAUUGAUCUCGGUGGCGGACCCAAUGGUGACCGUAUAGGUUUCCGAUACUGGCAGGACCCCGGCGCCUUCAACAGCUAUCUAGUCACCGGCCCAUCUGGUAACUUUCUGGCUUUCUGGAAAGUUUUGCUCUCGGCGGCUUUCAGCUACGGCAAUAUUCAAGUCGUUGCUAUUUCGGGCUCCGAGACUCGGCAACCGAGAAAAAUCAUCCCAGCGGCUACGAGGAAGACUUUCUUACGCGUAUUCUUCUUUUAUGUUCUUAGCAUUCUAAUUCAGUCCCCCUUCGUCAUCGCCUUCACCCGCUCCGGUGUCUCUGUAUUGCCGUCAAUCAUCAACGCCGUGGUCUGCACUUCGGCCAUUAGCAGCGGCUCCGCCUGCGUCUUCAUCGCGUCUCGAACCCUCUACGGUCUCAGUUGCGAUGGGCACGCGCCUAGGGUCCUUCAGCGCUGCAACAGGUUCGGGACACCUCACUACGCGGUAGGGUUGACCUGCGUCCUCAUGCCGCUUGUCUAUCUCAACGUGGCCAACAACACCUCUGUCGUCUUUGGAUGGUUCGUCAACAUUACAACGGUUGCCGGUCUGAUCAGUUGGAUCGUGAUUGAGAUCACGUAUCUUCGGUUCUUCGCUGGGCUUAAGGCACAAGGCUACUCUAGAAAUGAGCUUCCAUACAAGGUUUCUGGGCAGCCCUAUAUAUCAUGGGCGGCCUUAGUGAUGGUUGUUCUUGUUGUUUUCUUUUCAGGCUUCGACGUCUUCACAACCGGAAACUUUACCGCCUCGGGGUUCUUGACAUGCUAUCUCAAUGUCUUCAUCUUUGCAAUCCUGUACAUCUUCUUCAAAUUCUAUCUCAAGUCUCGAGUGAUUGCGGUAGGCGAGAUGGACUUUGAAACGGAAUUCGCUUCCAUCCGGUAUGAGAAGGCACAAGAAGAAGCGUAUGGGCCUGGGAAGUCGGGGCUCAAGCAUUCGAUUCGUAGAAUAAUACACGCUGUUUAG